AUGUCGCCCAAUUUGAGGUUCGAGUUCGUUCCAGGCUUUUUCGAGCAUGAUGGCCAUCCAACUGGUCCAGAAGGGGGUUUCCGAGCAACGACACUCCCCGCUCUCGGCAUUCUGCAACAAGAUUAUCCUGAUCAGACUUCCACUGUUGGCGAUCAAGAUCCGCAGUGGCAACGCCUUGAGAAGCAUCUUGCAGUACUCAACGCGGGACCCAAAGACUGCCCACACAAAGUCUUCUUCGUCACCCGCCAUGGCGAAGGUGUCCACAACGUAAAAGAACGUGAAGUCGGCCGCCACGAAUGGGAAGCGCACUGGGCUCGCCUGCCAGGAGAUGAGAAGACGACAUGGCUUGACGCACGCUUAACUUCUAAGGGCAAACAGCAGGCUCAAGACUUGCGGUCCUUUUGGCUCCACGCUUCUCAAGUUGACAAGGUCCCGCUUCCACAGACAAUCUACUCCAGCCCUUUGAUAAGAGCUCUGCAAACAACAAGCCUGGCAUUCCAGGACAUCCCAGAACUGAAAUUCAAGCCCAUUAUCAAAGAGUCCCUUCGCGAGAUAACGGGUGUUCACACCUGCGACAAAAGAAGCUCAAAAUCCAGUAUCGAGGCUGAAUUUCCAGAGUAUCAAGUCGAAUCUGAAAUGACCGAAGAAGACACCCGCUGGAAAGUUGACAGGAGAGAAACGCUGACAGAACGUGUCGAGGUAAUAAAUGACUUCCUGGCGAAAGUUUUCAGCGAGGAUCCCAGUACGUUUGUGUCUUUGACGACACACUCGGGUGCAAUUCGCGCAUUGUAUCAGGCGAUCGGACACCCUGACGUAUGGGUUGCGGCGGGUGCUGUUGUACCAAUUGUGAUUAGGGAAAAUUCGUGA